UGAAACGACGUGCGAGCAACCGAUUUGUAUCGAGAACUCACUUCACAUUUAUUUUUGGGUUCACCACUCUUCGCUCAUCAUAAACAAAAGGGACUGAGGCCGACCACGUGUGUUGAUAAUUAUUCUGAGUCAAGAUGCCCAAAUCCAAAAGAGACAAGAAAAUCUCACUGACGAGGACCACGAAGAAAGGACAGCCUUUGAAGAAACAGCUCGUCGAUGAUAUUCGGAAAUGUUUAGAAAGCUAUGCAAGGAUAUUUGUUUUUUCCGUGCACAACAUGAGGAACAUUAAGUUGAAGGAAGUCCGAGACGAGUGGAAGCAAAGCAGGUUCUUCCUUGGCAAAAACAAAGUGAUGGCUAUUGCUUUGGGAAGGACUGCCGAAGAAGAAAGUCAACCAAAUAUCCAUCACCUGGCAAACACAAUACAAGGUCAAUGUGGAAUUUUGUUUACCAACAAGAAAAAGGACGAAGUUAUCGAGUGGUUUGAAAAAUAUUCUGAGAAAGACUUUGCGAGAUCAGGUGGUGUGGCUACUCGCACAGUUAAUCUGGAAGCUGGGCCUCUUGACCAAUUCACCCAUUCAAUGGAGCCGCAGCUUAGACAAUUGGGAAUGCCUACAUCCUUGAAGAAAGGUGUUGUGACAUUGACAAAGGAUUAUGCUGUUUGUAAAACUGGAGAUAUUUUAAAUCCUGAACAAGCUAGGAUUUUGAAACUGCUUGGAGAACAGAUGGCUGAAUUUAAAUUCACUCUCAGAGCCCUUUGGUCCAAUGAUGGAACUUUUGAGAAGCUGUGCGACGCUGUUGAUCUCGACCCCACAGAUGUACCUUUACCCUCAGACGAUGAAGAUUUGGAUGAUGAGAAUUAAUUGAAAUAAAAUAAUUUUUUUAUCAUGAACUGAAAAUUGCAAGGA